ACUCGAUUGAUUGACUCAUCUGGUAGAAUAAUUGUUCGACAGCAACGUUAUAUGUAUUAUACAUGCGUGUAUAAUUAAAUUUCAAACUACAAGAUUUAAAUUUCGUCGUUCCUAAUCUAAUCUCUUCUCCUUGGAUAGUAUAAGGCUAAAACAUCAGGUAUUGUAAUUGACAAGUUAAUCAUCGAUUGAAUUAAUCUAAUAAAGUUGGAUCGAAGUCUGCAUUCUCAGGCGAUCAACCGGCAAAGAUUUUAGUGUCGCAAGUGUUGAUUAAGCUAAUUGGAAUUAUUUGCGGAGGAAAACGGAGGAAGGCAGAGACGGAAUUUUGGCGAUCAUAGUUUAAAAAAAUAAGAAAUGGGAGCACUGAAAAAUUCUUCAAGCGACACGACGAUGCUUCGACGGAGCUAACCCUCGAGGGAAUUCGAGUUUAUGGUUAUAGUCUAGACUGUUUGGAGUUCAAGUGCGAUAUGCUCAUGCGCCGAGUGCCGACCGUAUCAGCUGUUACAGCUGACAGACCUGUCAUUAUUGCCACGUGCCAGAAAGAGCGAGGAAUCUCCGAACGCAACGAGGGAGCGCCAAAUAAGCACAUGGAAAAAAUGAAUCCUGACAAAAAUAAAGCGUAAGAACAAAAAGGAGAAUAAAUCAAACAAGUUGUUUGGACACACAUCGUCCAUGUUGUCACUCCCCGUCACGGAUAGCGAAGAUAUUCCACAUUUGAAGGACAUGAAUGCUAGAGAGGGGAACGGGCCAAGUACUAUUUCUUAAAAGACGACAUUCUCCAUAUAUAUAGCGUAUGCACGAACGAUCGUACGCAUAACGGUUGAUGCAGCUGGAAAGUACGGAUGUGGAGCGGUGCCUAACGGUGAUCGGUUUGGUCGGAAAGGAAUUUCUUUACGGUCGUACACUUGGUCUUGCAACACUUGAUUUUGCAGCUGCGCUCGGCGUCAUCGCCUAUUCCCGCAAAUUGUGCGUGGUCUGCCGACUGCAAAUGUAUUACCUUGGAAUAGUGUAUCACUUUCACGAUAUGUUAAACUACCGAAUCAAUAAAACAGCUUUACCCUUAAAGCCGGAUAAAGUGGCAAUUGUAACCGGUGGAUCAAGAGGUAUAGGAGCGGAAGUAGUCAAGAAAUUGUUACAGUGUGACAUGGAAGUUAUAAUCGCUUGUAGGACAACUAACGCGGGUGAAAAACUCAUCCACGAGAUUAGAAGAUCUGGCAUCAUUAGCGGAAGGGCCAAGGUUUACAAACUUGAUAACUCCUGUUUCGAAUCGGUCAGAAAAUUCGUCAAGCAAAUCAAAACAGACUACGAUAGAAUUCAUAUAUUGGUCAACAAUGCUGCUAUUAUGUUCCCUCCUACCUACAAUGAGACGGAAGACGGGUACGAAGAACAGUGGGCGGUAAACUAUUUAUCACAUUUUCUACUAACGUCUCUCCUUCUGCCGUUACUGAAAACCGCCGGGCGCCCUGGCGAAUGCAGCAGGAUUGUUAACGUCACGUCAUGCGCUCACGAUACGGCCAACAUAAAUUUUGACUACAUCAAUAACUCCAAGGAAUCAUUUUGCACGCAUGCAUCGUAUUCACGAAGUAAAUUAGCGCAGACAAUGUCCACGAUAACACUGCAGAGACUCUUCAGAGACAAGUCGUUGAAUAUAUUGGCAUAUUCCGUGCAUCCAGGCAUAGUGGGGACAGAUCUAUUCAAAGAUACCUUGUUUGGCAGUAACAAGUGGCUUAUGGCUACGUGGAAGACAUCCGAUCGAGGAGCAAUUCCAAUAGUAUAUGCCGCAACGAAUGUAGAUAUUGAAGAAAAAGGUGGGAUAUUUAUUAGUAAUUGUAAAGAAAUGGCUCCUCCUCCGUUGGCACUCGAGGAGGAAGUCCAGGAACGACUGUUUGAAUUAUCCUUAAAACAAGUACACUUGAGAAAUUUCUUCCAGUAUUUGGAAUAACGAAAGUACAUAAUAUUACUUAUUUUACGUCUCGAUAAAUUUCUUUGCUACUAAACAUAGCACGCAUAUACAUAAUUUUAAAUGUAUAUUAAUAUUUAUAUUUUUUUACAUUUAAAAAACUCAUGCGGUUUUAUUCUAAUUUC